AAUGGACAUUGAUAGGCAUAUUGCAACACUUUUAAAUGGAGGAUGUUUACCAGAAAGAGAUCUCAAAUUGAUUUGUGAUAGAGCAAAGGAGAUUUUUCUUGAAGAAUCUAAUAUAUAACCAGUUAGGGCUCCAGUAAAUGUUUGUGGGGACAUUCAUGGUAAGGAUGACUUAAAUAAAUAGGAUAAUUCUAUGAUUUAUAAGCUUUAAUGAAAGAAGGAGGAGACAUUCCUUCAUCAAAUUAUAUCUUUAUUGGAGAUUUUGUUGAUAGAGGCUAUAAUUCAGUUGAAACAAUGGAAUACCUAUUAUGUUUAAAAGGUAAUCUUUUUGAUAAUUUUCAGUUAAAUAUCCUGGAAACAUUAUGUUACUCAGAGGAAAUCAUGAAUCCCGUUAAUGCACUCAAGUUUAUGGUUUUUAUGAAGAAUUACUUCGUAAAUAUGGAAAUAGCAGCCCAUGGAGAUUAUUUAUGGAGGUCUUUGACUGCUUGCCAUUAGGAGCCCUAAUUGAAGGUUAAAUAUUAUGUGUUCAUGGUGGUUUAUCCCCAGACAUGAGAACAAUUGAUUAGAUAAGAACAAUAGAUAGAAAGGUAUUUUUUAAUUAUUAUAAUUUCUCCCAUUAUAGAUUGAAAUUCCUCAUGAAGGACCAUUUUGUGAUCUAAUGUGGUCUGAUCCUGAAGAAGUAGAAUAUUGGGCAGUAAAUUCUAGAGGAGCUGGUUUUCUUUUUGGAGCCAAAGUAACAAAAGAGUUUUGCAGACUUAAUGAUCUUACUUUGAUUUGUAGAGCACAUUAAUUAGUUAUGGAAGGAUAUAAAUAUUGGUUCCCAGUAUGAUAAUUUAAUAUUCUUAGGACUAAAACUUAGUAACAGUAUGGUCAGCACCAAAUUAUUGUUAUAGAUGUGGAAACAUAGCCUCAAUUUUAUGUUUGGAUGAAAACUUGAAUUAAACUUGGAAGACUUUCAAAGAAGUCCCUGAAAGUGCUAAGAGCAUUAAUCCAAAGAGUGUAUUACCAUACUUCUUAUGAAGU